GAAUAAAUACGAACCGUCGUCGAAUAAUUAUAAAAAUAAAAAAUAAAAAAAAAAGAAAGAAAAUCGAGAGAGAAAGGGAGUUAUGGGGAAGGCAAUGCAAUUUUCCCAAACCCUUCUCACAUUUGGCGCCUAAUUAUCUCCCAACACCCAAUUCACCAUUCUCAAAAUCAACUUCCCCAAUUCCCCAAAUUCACGCCAUUGUUAACCCCACAAACCCUCUCCUCUCUCUCUCCAACUCAUCGCCCAUGACCCACCCUCACCACCCACCUCCCAUUCCGCCUCCGCCUCCGCCUCCUCCGCCGGCUGUUCUCCUUCCCGCUGGUGUUAACACUGGAACAGUUCAGGUCAGGUGCGCCGGUUGUCGUUCGAUCCUGACGGUGACUUCGGGGGUGUUGGAGUUCGUCUGCCCUUCCUGCAAAUUGCCCCAAAUGCUUCCGCCGGAGCUCUUGAGUAGGCCCCAGAAGUACGUAGCUCCCGCAGCUUCUUAUACUAAUCCUCCUUUUUCUUCCUCUUCUCCUCCACCUCAAGUGCCGGCCCACGGUAUCGAUCCCACGAAGAUCCAGCUCCCUUGCGCCAAUUGCAGAGCAAUCCUUAAUGUGCCGCAUGGCCUUGCUAGGUUCUCUUGUCCGCAGUGUGGCGUUGACCUUGCCGUCGACUUGUCCAAAAUACCUAAGGUGACCCCGCCGCCUCAGCCUCAGCCUCUUGCUCUUCCUCCUCCUCCUCCACCUGCCGAAGAGGUCAACGAGGAGGCCAUUGAAGUGGAAAGGGAAGAAGACGAAGGGGGAACAGCUGGUGAAACAUUUACGGACUAUCGCCCUCCAAAAUUAUCAAUUGGACCUCCUCAUCCAGAUCCUAUUGUGGAGACAUCUUCCUUGUCUGCUGUACAACCACCUGAGCCUACUUAUGACCUUGAAAUCAGGGAUGACUUGGAAGAAUCCAAGGCUUUGUCAUGUUUGCAGAUUGAGACAUUGGUCUAUGCAUGUCAGAGGCACCUUCAUCAUCUUCCUAGUGGCGCUAGGGCCGGAUUCUUUGUUGGAGAUGGAGCAGGUGUGGGUAAAGGCCGAACAGUUGCAGGGUUGAUAUGGGAAAAUUGGCAUCAUCAUAGGAAGAAAGCGUUGUGGAUUUCUGUUGGUUCAGACCUGAGAUAUGAUGCAGAAAGAGACUUAGCAGAUGUUGGCGCUAAAGACAUAACGGUUCAUGCAUUGAACAAACAGCCAUAUUCUAAGUUAGAUUCAAAGGCAAAUAAAGUCAUGGAGGGAGUUAUAUUUUUGACAUACAGCAGUCUCAUUGCAUCCUCUGAGAAAGGUCGUUCUCGUUUGCAGCAGCUUGUUCAGUGGUGUGGACCUGAUUUUGACGGUCUCAUUAUAUUUGAUGAGUGCCACAAAGCAAAAAAUCUGGUACCUGAAGCUGGAAGUCAGCCAACACGAACCGGGGAAGCAGUUGUAGAAAUUCAGGAUCAACUUCCUGAAGCUCGUGUUGUUUACUGCUCAGCUACUGGUGCUUCUGAGCCACGUAAUAUGGGUUAUAUGGUCCGUCUUGGUCUUUGGGGAGCUGGAACAUCUUUCCUUGAUUUCAAAGACUUUUUAGGUGCUCUUGAGAAAGGAGGUGUUGGAGCACUUGAACUUGUUGCCAUGGAUAUGAAAGCAAGGGGAAUGUAUGUGUGUCGCACACUUAGCUACAAAGGGGCAGAGUUUGAAGUUGUUGAAGCACCGCUAGAAGCGGCUAUGAUGGAGAUGUAUAAAAGAGCAGCAGAAUUCUGGGCUGAGUUACGAGUAGAAAUACUGACAGCACUUAGUGCCUAUGAAAAUGAGAAGCCUAACUCUAGCCAAGUAUGGCGGCUUUAUUGGGCCAGUCAUCAGCGUUUCUUCAGACACAUGUGUAUGUCCGCUAAGGUGCCUGCUGCUGUAAGAUUAGCUCAGCAAGCAUUGCGUGAAGAUAAGUGUGUGGUUAUUGGCCUUCAGAGUACUGGGGAGGCGAGAACCGAGGAAGCUGUUACAAAAUAUGGACUUGAGCUUGAUGACUUUAUUUCUGGACCUCGAGAACUGUUGCUGAAAUUUGUUGACGAAAACUACCCAUUGCCUGAAAAACCUGAACCUCUCCAAGGGGAAGAUAGUGUAAAGGAGCUUCAGAGAAAGAGGCACUCAGCAACUCCUGGUGUUUCUAUGAAAGGAAGAGUGAGAAAAAUUGCAAGAUGGAAACCUGCAAGUGACGUUGAAAGUGAUGAAGAAUCUGAUUCUGAUUCUGGUCAUGAGUCUACUGAAUCAGAUGAUGAGUUCCAAAUAUGUGAGAUAUGUAGUUCUGAAGAGGAAAAAAAGAAAUUGCUUCAGUGCUCUAGCUGUGGACAGCUUGUCCAUCCUGCAUGUCUUGUUCCUCCAAUGACAGAUUUAGUCUCAGGAGAUUGGUCAUGUUAUUCCUGCAACAUCAAAACCGAGGAAUAUCUUCGAAGAAGACACGCAUAUGUAACAGAACUUUUAAAGAGGUAUGAAGCAGCUUUGGAGCGUAAAUCAAAAAUUUUGGAAAUUAUCCGAUCUAUGAAUCUUCCAAACAAUCCUUUAGAUGACAUUAUUGAUCAGCUUGGGGGUCCUGAUAACGUGGCAGAAAUGACUGGUAGACGUGGCAUGCUUGUGAGGGCCUCUAAUGGGAAAGGUGUAACUUAUCAGGCACGAAACACAAAAGAUGUUUCCAUGGAAAUGGUGAACAUGCAUGAGAAGAAGCUUUUUAUGGAUGGUAAGAAGUUUGUUGCUGUAAUAUCUGAGGCUGGGUCAGCAGGUGUUUCACUGCAAGCAGAUAGAAGAGUCCUGAAUCAGAAAAGAAGAGUGCAUUUGACAUUAGAGCUUCCAUGGAGUGCUGACCGUGCAAUCCAACAGUUUGGAAGAACUCAUCGAUCAAAUCAAGCAUCAGCCCCUCAAUACAGGCUACUUUUUACUAACCUUGGGGGAGAGCGCCGGUUUGCAUCUAUUGUUGCCAAGAGAUUACAAUCUCUUGGAGCCUUAACACAAGGAGACCGCAGGGCAGGACCAUCUUUGAGUGCCUACAAUUAUGAUAGUGCUUUUGGAAAGAAGGCCCUGGUGAUGAUGUAUAAAGGAAUCAUGGGACAGGAAAAUUUGCCAGUUGUGCCGCCUGGGUGUUCAUCUGAAAAUAAGGAUGCAAUUCAAGACUUCAUUGUAAAGGCACAAGCUGCUCUUAUGGCAGUUGGAAUAGUUAGGGACGGUACUGUAGCUAAUGGGAAGUAUGGAGGCCGUAUAGUUGAAUCUGACAUGCAUGAUGUUGGUCGUUUUCUCAAUCGUAUAUUAGGACUGGCACCUGAGAUUCAAAAUAGGCUGUUUGAGCUCUUUGUAAGCAUUUUGGAUCUUCUUGUUCAAAAUGCUCGAAUUGAGGGAAGUCUUGACUCAGGGAUUGUUGAUAUGAAAGCUAACAUUGUGGAACUACAAGGAAAACCAAAGACUGUCCAUGUUGACCAAAUCUCUAAGGCGUCUACUGUGCUCUUUACAUUUACUUUGGAUCGAGGGAUCACGUGGGAGUCUGCAAGUACCUUGCUCGAAGAAAAACAAAAGGAUGGGCUUGGCUCAAGCCAUGAUAGUUUCUAUGAGUCGAAACGAGAAUGGAUGGGCAAACGUCACUUCAUUUUGGCAUUUGAAAGUUCUACAGGGAUGUACAAGAUAGUUCGUCCUGCUGUUGGAGAGUCAGUACGGGAAAUGUCUUUGGCAGAGUUGAGAAGCAAAUACAGAAAAGCUUCUUCUUUAGAGAAGGCUCGCCGUGGCUGGGAAUCCGAAUAUGAAGCUUCAUUGAAACAGUGCAUGCAUGGUCCAAAAUGUAAGCUAGGAAACUUCUGUUCGGUUGGUAGAAGAAUACAAGAAGUUAACAUUUUAGGCGGCCUCAUUCUGCCCGUCUGGGGCACAAUUGAGAAAGCCCUUUCUAAGCAGGCCCGUCAAAGCCACAAGCGGCUUCGAGUUGUGCGGAUAGAAACUACUACAGAUAGCCAGCGCAUUGUUGGAUUACUUGUUCCUAAUGCAGCAGUUGAAACAGUACUCCAAGGCUUAGCUUGGGUUCAGGAUGUUGAUGAUUGAUGCCAAUUACUAAUCAGAUGGUAACUAUCAAGAUUAUUUUGAUGCUUCUUCUAGUUUCUGAAGAAUUUUAUGUUAAUAAAAUUAAGGAGAGCAAAAAAAAAAAAACUAGGUGUCGUCGUCUUCCAUGCGAAAGAGAUGGUCUCACGAAGUAUUUCUGCAACCUCGAAUGACAACUGUGCAGUCUCAUUCUUAUUAAUUUUGGCUUGAUUUUUUGGCCUUGUAAUUUUGUCAAAUGCUACAGACAAAAUGUCUCACGAAUAUGCUAAUAGUUUUGUAACUGACAGUACAAUUUUUAAUGAAAAUGAUAGAUGAAAUAUAAAAUUUCAUUUUUUUGUGCAAAGGUUCAACUGUCCAAAAUCCAAAAGAUUACAGCAAUAACACGCCCAACAAACUCAUUGAUUCAAGCAACCAUUUCAAUCUCUUAUUUCCUAUUACCAUAAAAACACUUGAGAUAGGAUUGAAAAGAUCAGCACACAAAAGUAGCAUCAACAUGAUGGUCACUGCAAUAGAGACCAGGCUGCUGAGUAAAGCCUUGACUCUUAAGCUUUUUCCUAGCCUUCAUAACAAGCUCCUGGUACGAAACAUCACCGUCUGUCUCAGCAAGGAUUAUCUGGAUUGCAUUGCUGAGAGCUCCAUAAGCUUCAGCAGCAUUCCCGCCCGGAGCAGCAUCAGCAGAAGUUUGGUGUGUUUGGCAUCCACUAAUCAAGAUCCCGCCAUCAGGAAGUGCCCUCUUGCUUGAUCCUGCAUAAACCUCUUCUUUGCUGCCAACCUUUGUCUCCAUUGCAGGCUUUGCAUAAUCUUCAUCGUCCUCGAGUUUAUGCUUAAGGAACUCCUGUGCCAGACUUCCCACCAUCCCAAGCAAACCGCUACCGCCUUCUCCACCCUCCUCGCCAUGACCACUGUGGUUGAGUUUGUUCAGAAUGACCUUCAUGAACUUCUUAACCUUGGGGCUGGCAUCUUCACCAAAGACAUCAAAAAGGGUUGGCCUCACUUUCCCAACAUCAAUGUCUUCUUUACCAGUCUGUUGCUUAAGCAUUUCGAUGUAAGUGGAGACAGAAAGAGACCUACUCUUCACCUUGAUUCCAUCUAUCUCAAACUCUCUCUCUUGAACAUCUUCAUCUUCAUCAUCAUUGUCACGACCAUGGUGGCGCAGUUUCGACGGGACAUGGAAUCCCCUAGACUCGAUUGCGUCCUCAACUUUUCGAUGAAAGAAGCUCUUGAAUCCCCCGAACGAGGAAGAUGAUUCUGAAUCAUCGUCAUCUUUCUUUGUGCUCUCCCCAAUUUGCUCCUUAGCUUCGUCAAUGAGCCCACCACUAUGGCAAGAAUCAGACACAAUUGUCAACCGACAACCAUCCGGAAUUUGGUCAACGAAAUCUCUGAAGUCGUCAUCUGUUGUUAAAAUUCACAAUCAAACAAUCAACAAAGCCAAUCAAACCAUGUAAAUUAUCUAAAAAGAUCAGAAUCUAUUCGAUUCAAUAUUCUUCUUCCAUCCAAAAAGAUCCGAUCAACUUCUCUAUCACAUCAAAAUCCAAUACAGUAAAAAUACCGAAAGAAAAAGCAAAUAAAUGAAAUACCAGUAAUGAGAUUCAUGUCACAAGGAACUAUGCACUCAUCAUAGCCUGUAUCAUCGUCCUCGCCAGUCUCAGCAGGGAGACGAGUACCGUGGCCACUGUAGUGAACGAAGAGGAAAUCCCCAGGGCUUCCGGAUCGGAUGAGACGAGAGAGAGCGGCGCGGAUGUUCUUGCCUGUGGGUUGAGUGUAAGAGUCAUCGGUAUCGAUGAGUACAGUAAUGUCAUCCUCACUGAAUCCAUACCGAUCAAUCAAGCAUGUGUACAUCCUUUUGACAUCGUUUAUACAUCCUCUCAAUUCUGCCUUCGUUCCUGGGUAAUUGCAACCGAUCAACAAUGCCUUCUUCGCCAUUUUUGCUUUCUUUUGUGAUCUCUGUUCCUAAAAA